AUGGCUCUGACCCAGCGGGACUCUGCCACCCGCAUCCUGCUGGCUGAGGAGAAGUUGCUCCAGAGAAAAAUGAAGACCUGGCCUUCGGGCUUUGGGGUGAAGCUGGAGAUCAUCACCCCUUUUCUGGGAAAGUACCGCCCGUUCGUGGGGCGCUGCUGUCAGACCUGCACCCCGAAGAGCUGGCAAUCCUCCUUCCACAAGCAUCUUCCCUCCCUGGGCUUUCACAAUGUUCUCCAGGUGACGGAGGAAGACACCAGGUACAGGGGCUGGCUGGUAAGAAGACUCUGUUACUUCCUUGCGAUCCUCGAGUGGAAAGUUGAUUCUGAGACCCCGCGAGAUCUCCAGGAGAGAAUCUUCCGCAGCAAAAGGGUGCAGGAUGUCAUGUCUCUGGAGGUCCCGCAGGCGAGAGGGGCUGGCUCCGUUCUCAGCAAAUCCCCGGCACAAUGGAAGGGCGAAGUGCUGAGCAUCCUGGGCCAGAUUCAGUCUCCUCUCUCCCUUUUCAUACUGAGGCUCUGCAGCUGGGCUCUGCUCAGACUCCUCAACCGCAUGUUCCUCAACCUGCUGCUCCACAAAGGGCAGCUGGAGAUGGUGCGCAGGGCAGCCCAGACGCCUGACGUCCCGCUGGUUUUCCUCUCAACUCGCAAGUCCCGGCUGGAUGGGCUGCUGCUCCCCUUCCUCCUGUUCUCUCAGGGCCUGGGGGUGCCCCGAGUGACCUGGGAAUACCAGGCCUUUACCCCAAGCCUCAGGGCCCUGCUGAGCCGGCUGGGAGGGGUUUUUCUGCCUCCCGGAGCGGAGCAUGCGCCGGACGGCGAACGGGGCGUGCUCUCCAGGGCCAUCCUCACCUCAUACGUCGAGGAGCUGCUGAAGAGCCGGCAGCACCUGGUGAUCUUCCUGGAGGAGCCCGUCUCUGGCGAACCCCGGCUCUCCGCCCCUGGCGGGGAGUGGCUGGCGCUGGUGCUGGGCGCUGUCCAUGCCAGAGCCGUCCCCGAUGUGAUGCUGGUGCCCGUGGGCAUCGCCUACGACGUGGCCCCCAGUGCGUCCCGCAGGGGGCUCUCGGGCUCAGCUCAACCUUUGGGUCUCUGGUCCUGUCUCCUGGCCGUUCGCCGAGCGCUGGGCCAGGAGUUUGGCUGUGUCCGGAUGGACUUUGCACAGCCUUUCUCCUUGCAGGAGUACACAGCAAACAGCCUCUUCAGACAGAGGUGCUCGCGGAAGUCCCUGGAGGAGCUGCUUCUGCCCGUCAUCCUCGGCAAAAGUCCCGACCUGCUGGACUGGGAGAAGUCAGAGGAGUGGUACCCGGGCCUCGGAGCUGCCGCGGAGCUGAAGGCAGACGAGCGAAUGCUGGUGGGCAGACUUGGCCUGCACUCCCUGAGCGCCGGCGUCUCCUGCUCUGCCGUCAUGGCCGUGGCGAUCAUGUCUGCGCUCUUACUGCACAAGCACCGUGAGGGCGUCUUCCUGUCCCGGCUCAUGUCCGACUUCUCCUGGCUGGUGGAGGAGACCCUGCUGCGGAACCACGACGUGGGCUUCUCGGGGCAGCUGCGCGACCUGGUGCUCCACGCCCUCUCCCUGCUGCGGGGCUGCGUCUCCCUGCACCGCCUCUCGCGUGGGGACGUCCUGGUGGCCCCCAGGGUGACGGAGGCGGCCGUGAGGGAGCUUAGCUGGCACAGCACCGCCCUGCUGCCCGUCUUCAUGUGCGAGGCCGUAGGGGCCUGCGCCAUCAACGCCCUGCUGGUGGAGAUGCUGCCCUUCCUGGGCCCUGCCGAGCUGCCCGCGGCCGUCGUGCUGAGCCAAGAGGAGCUGCGCCGCAAGACCCUAGCGCUGCUCCAGCUGCUGCCCAGAGAUGUUCUCCUGCUCCAGCCCUGCCAGUCGGUCUCUUGCUACAGCCAGGAGGUGCUGGACAAGCUGAUCCAGUGUGGGCUGCUGGUCGCGGAGGAGGCCCCCAGCGAGCGGCCGGCCUGUGACACCGCCCGGAGGCGCUUCUCGCAGAAGCUGCUGUGGAAGGAGAUGGAGGACUUCAACGACAGCGACAGCGACUACGACGAGGACACCGGCAAGCGCUGCUUCAAGAUAAGCCAGCUGGACAACUGCCCUGAUUUCUUCCUCUUCCUCUGCGGCCUCCUGGGCCCCCUGCUGAAGACCUUUGAGAGAGCAGCUGCCUUCCUGGUGGAGUCUGGCUGUCCUGAGCUAGAGCUGGAGUAUGUGGAGAAGCUGCAGCGGUUCCUGGUGAGGAAGGCGAGAGAGGACGGCUCCUUCGUGUGUGCAAACAGGAGCCUGGCUCUGAGCUCUGUCCGGACCUUCAAGGAGCUGGGGGUGCUGAGGGAGCAGCCAGGCCCAGCGGGGCCCAUUCUCCACCUCUCGGAAACCUUCAGCACCAAAGGGAACCAGGAGCGACUGGAGACGUUCAUGGGGCAGUUCACCUCCAGCUAG